UUUGGCGCUAUAAUCUGAAUUUGAGGAGCACUUGAACCUGUUCUGUAACUGUCCCCGGCAGAAAUCAUGGAGGGGUGUGGUCCGGGCAUCUGUUUAGUGGUGGUGGGAAUGGUGUCGAUUCUACAGCUGGGGGUCGUUUUUCAUUAUCUACACUAUUCUAGUAACUACAGGCCAGGCGAUACACAAAGAUGGGACAAUAAAACAGUGACCCACAAGACGGGGGUAGACUUUGUCCGAUGGAGCAAGGGCCGUUUCUUGAAGAUUGCCGAAUCACAAACCAGGAAAUCUUUAGCACCAGGAUGUCAAAAUCUUCAGACACGGUUCCUGACCAUUGGUGUACCCACAGUCUGCCGUAAGCAGCAGCAGUAUGUCUCGACAACGCUGGACUCGCUAGUCAGUGGUCUCAGUCGCGGACAGAGACAGGAAGUCGUCAUUGUCGUAUACCUAGCCGACCAGAAUGAGACUUGUCGGCGAUCUACUGAGACUGAUGUACGGCAGAAGUAUCCCAGUCUUGUCCAGUCGUGUCUGAUUCGGUUCCUGCAUCCUCCCGCCAUUUCCCGGUUUUAUCCCGCGUUGUCGAAACAAUCUGGAACAAACAGUGAAAAGAAAGCAAGAUGGCGGUCCAAACAAAACUUAGAUUUCAGCUACCUUCUGAUUCAAUGUCAGAAUUUAUCGACUUACUACCUCCAGUUGGAGGACGAUGUUAUAGCAGUCAGCUGGUUUUAUAGAAGUAUCAAAGAAACAAUAAAAAAGACAGCUAGCAAUUGGGUCUGUAUAGAAUUCAUAGAAUUGGGAUUCAUUGGGAAGCUUUUCCAUUCAAGUGAUUUGGUGCCUUUGGCUACAAUGAUUGUUGACUGGUACAAACAUACCCCAGCUGACGAUACGUACAUCGAAUACUACAAGAAACGUCAACAGAAAUCUAGAAUACUUGUCACACCUACAUUAUUUCAACACAUCGGUUGGCAUUCUUCUCUAGAUGGCAGACUCCAGAAAUUAAAGGAUCCGUAUUUUGAAAGUGAUUUAGAAAAUAAAUUAUUUGUGAACACUAAUCCUCCCGCUAAUAUAUCCACUACGAUGACCAUAGAUUUCCAGCAUCCACCACGUGACUGCUACGAGGGAUCACGUGGAUAUUUUUUAACGUCAGAACCUGUUAAAGACGGAAACGUGUUUAGUGUAUUGUUUCUGUCUUUGCAGAACCUCUCUAGAAUAUUUGUCCAAACAGGCAUAUCUGCCGGUAGAGGGAAUAUACUAGAAGAGGGCGUUUUAGAGUUGGGCAAAAAUAUAGACUGUAGAAACCAGAGUUUCUUCAAUGUUUACAGAUUUCACAAGGGAAUGGUUGAUGUCAGAAUAGACCAAAAGGAUGUUCGAUGUAUUGUAAUCCGGGUGACCGCGGACCAGAAAUCCGUCCUCAUGAUCAAAGAAAUAUCAGUCUUUCAAAAAUGAGCCAUCGUGAAUUUUAAUUUAAUUAACCUUAUUUGUGUAUUGGGGUGUCUUCGUGCCUCGAUACCAAUAAACGUGAAUGUCAACAUUUUUAUCUCGCAGAACGUAUAGCUGGUAUUUGAUUUUCAAUUCAUUAACACCAUUAUGAAGUUAAGGAUUUGUCUCUCUUUUGAAACUGAAAACAAUUCAAUUUCCGGAACUCUACAGCUGGCGUUUCCUAGAUUAUCAAAUAAAAGGUUAAUUACAGAAAGGUGACUUGGCUGCUUAAAAAUUGGUUUGGUGAUUAAAAUACAUUAAAUAUACACCGUACGUCACGCAUGUAUGUUUUCUUUUGUGAAUAAUACACCUUGAACGUUUUGUACAAAUACUACAAUGUGUAAUAUUAAUAUAUAUAAAGUUUGAAAAACGUUAUAAGUAAGGUUUUUCAUUUUAUCUAAUAGGAACAGAAUCAAGUUUGACAAAUGUUCGCUAAAUUUGCAAACCAUUUUUCAUCCAUCUUCUAUCUUUUCAAGAUUUGAAAGAUACAUGAUAUUGUCAUUGGAGCUAACGACUCCUCAAUUCGAAAUAAACGUUCUUCUUUUCGUUUAAAUAAGAUGAAUUUAAUUCCAUGAGUUUGCAUAACAA